AUGUCCCAGAUCACGCGCCACCACUCGGCCUCCUCUUUCCAACUCGACAAGGAGAAGGAGGAAACCGAAAUCUCUCAACAUGUCGCCCUCGAAGACAUGCACCUCGUUCACAUGUCUAUGGAGGAAAGGACCGCCGCCUUCGCCCUCGCCCGUGAGCUCGAUCCCGGACCGCCUGUCUUCAGCUGGCGAUACCUCAACUUCUUUAUGAGUAUCGUGGUCGUCCUCGUCUGCUCCUGCGAUAGCGGUUUCGACUCGACCAUCAUGUCGAGCGUCAACUCGAUGACUCAGUUCCAGGACUACUUUGGGUUGAUCUCUGCUUCGACUGGGACAGGUAUACUCUUCGGUGUCUAUACUGUCGGCUCGGUCUGCUCAUUCUUCCCCAACAUCAUCCUCCCUGAUCUUUUGGGAAGGAGGGUCUGUAUGAUAAUUGGGAAUUCGCUGCUCAUGACCGGCGCCAUUAUCUCUGCCAACGCCAAAGACAUGCCGAUGCUGCUGGGCGGACGAUGGUUGACUGGAUUCGGGUGUACCAUGGGCGUCCUCAGUAGCAAGCUGUACAUGGCCGAGAUCACCCCCGCCACCUCCCGAGGCCGAUACAUGGGUUUCUUAAAUUCCUUCUUCUUUGUCGGCCAAAUCGCCGCCACGGCAGCUGCCAUCCCUCUCGGCCGGCUCACCUCGGAAUGGUCCUGGCGCACCUGCCUCUACCUCCAGUGCGGCCCCGCCGUCGUCAACAUCCUCGGUGUCCCCUGGAUUGCUGAAUCCCCUCGAUGGCUCUACGCCCGUGGUCACGCCGAACGCGCACGCGCCAUUCUCGCCAAGUACCACUCUCGGACUGGGGACGUCAACUCCCCAGUCAUCAAGCUCGAGAUGCAGGAGAUUGAGGCGGCCAUCUCGCUCGAAGGGGGUGAUAGGCAGUUUUGGAACUUUAAAAAGGUGUUUGGGACACGGGCGGAUAGGUACAGGUUUGGUCUGUGCCUGAUGAUCUCGGUAUGGGGUCAGCUCGCGGGGAACUCGCUCAUCACUUACUUCCUCCCGGUCUUGCUUGGUCUUGCUGGUAUUGAGAAUCGGGACACUCAGAGACAGCUCAACCUCGUCAACUCGGUCACGUCCAUGUGUGGCGCUAUCGCUGGCUCGUCCGCAGUAGACCACAUCGGCCGCCGCAAACUCCUUCUCUCCGCCAUCACCGGCGCCUGCUGCGGCAUGUUUCUAGUCGGCGCACUCAACAGUCCGGCCGGUGUCCAGUCGAAAACGAGGGCUGACGCGGGUAUCAGUUUCAUCUUCUUGUUUGGCGUCUUUUACUCGUUCGGUAUGACCCCGCUCCAGGGCCUCUACCCCUCCGAAGUCCUCUCGUUCGAGAAUCGAGCCAAGGGUCUUUCACUUCAAGCUUGGUUCACCAACGCUAUCGCCUGCAUCAACACCUUUGCCAUUCCGCCGGCGUUGGGCAAGUUGGGCUACAUCGUGUACUUCAUGUUCGGCGCGUGGAACUUGAUCGGUAUUGCGGUCAUCUAUACAUUUGCUGUUGAAACUAAACAACUCUCCCUCGAAGAGAUGUCCGAGGUCUUUGACGCCCCUCGACCCAAGCUGCGCAGCUUUGAGCUCGCCGCUGUAGCUCGUGAGCGGGUCAAGAAGGAGAAGGAGCUACUUCGCGCGAGGGAGUAG